AUGCUGGGACUGUCGAAGAACGUGCACUAUGGUAAGCAGGAGUACUGGGAGAAGCGGUAUGUGGAGCUGCUGACGGACCCCUUCGACUGGUACCAGACCUACGACACCCUCAAGGACAUCAUCACCCAGUACACCACCAAGGGCGCCGCCAUCCUCAACGCCGGCUGCGGCAACUCCACCCUCUCCCAGGACAUGUACGAAGAGGGCUACCGCAACAUCACCAACAUCGACUUCAGCGCGAUCCUGAUCGACGACCUGCAGGCCAAGUACAAGGACAUGGACCCGUCGUUCCGGGUGCUACAGAUGGACGUCCGGGACAUGGACUUCGAGGACAACAGCUUCGACAUCGUGCUGGACAAGGGACUGCUCGACUCCGUGCUCUGCGGCACUUACUCCACCCAGAACUGCAAGAAGAUGUUCAAGGAGAUCUCGCGCGUGCUCAAGUCUCGGGGCUACUACAUCUGCGUGUCCUACGGCGACCCUGACAUCCGCCUUCACUAUUUCGAUCACCCCGACUACGAGUGGGCCCUCAUCAUGCCCUCCCCUCACAAGAUUUUCAAGCCCAACGUCGACCAGACCACCGUCGAGUUCAGCGACGACCGUGAGAAGAACAAGGACCUCUACCACUACGUCUACGUCAUCCAGAAGCACGCACAGAUCCACUCCCCUGUCGCCCAGCGAAGGAUGAGCGGUUCCUUCAAGCUCUGA